GGGAGAACUACGAUUCCCAGAAGACCUUGCGCACCUUCUAGCUAAGGGAUGGUCGGACUGUGGCCAGGAAUAGAAGGCCGAGGAGCUGGCAGAGGAUGCGCAGGCGCAGAACUCUUUCCUGCCCUCCCACCCAAGGACGCCAGCCUACAUCUCCCAGAAAGCUUUGCACAUCCAAAAAGAGCUUUAGAGUCCCUUUCAGCCGGGAGAGUGGAGCCGCUGCCGUCUUUCGUCACUUCCACUCCCGCGGCUCCUCCCUCCGUCGGCGGAACUCAGCUCGGGGUCCCUGUGUCCCGGGCUGCCGUGAGUGGGGGCGGGAGCGCGGCCGGCCGAGGCCGCGCCGAAGGGAAAGGGGGACAUUGGUAAGCCUCGGGCCGGUGGAGCGGGAGGCCGCCAGCGCGGAGCGGGCCGCGCCUGCGCAGUGGCUUCUGGGCGCUGGGCCUAGGCCCGCCCCGCCCCCUCCGCGGGCCCGCCCUCUCAUUGGUCCCCCUAGCAGGGCCCGGCGCGGGAGCCAAUCAGCGUCGGAAGAGGAGGACGUCAUGGCCCCCAUCUCACACCUGAGAGGCAAGUCUCGCCAGGGCUCCGUGAACUUCCAGGACGUGGCCGUGAACUUCACGGCUGAGGAGUGGGGGCACCUGCGCCCGGCCCAGAAGGAGUUGUACCGGGAGGUGAUGCUGGAGAUCUACGGGCACCUGGUGUGCCUGGGACUUGCGACAUCCAAACCCGAGGUGAUCCAGCAGCUGGAACAAGGGCAAGCUCCCUGGAGGCCCGGGGAAGGCACCUCCCGAAGCAGCCCUGCCGAUUGGGAAACUAGACUUGAAAACAAAGAGUUGGGUUCAACGCUGGGCAUAUUUAUGGAAGAAUCUUCCCGGAGAAAACUCAGAGUGGAGAGUCCUUGUGUCUUAAACUUGAAAGAACCUUGGGAUUGUGAUUCCAAUCUAAAGAAUCUACAAAAUCGUGAGAAACCUCGCAGAGUAAAAAUCAUCUAUAGGAAAUGUCCCAGUAAAGUGAAAAGUCGUGAAUAUAAUAAGAAUGGCAGAAAUUCUGAUGUAGAAUCAAAACUUUCAGAAUCGAUCAUUCCUGAGGAUAAGAAGAAUGGGAAAUCACUUAGUAAUCGUUCAGAACGUAUUAAUAACCAUAGAUUACAGACUGAAGAGAAACCUUAUGCAUGUAAUGAAUGUGGGAAAACUUUCCUUUGGUCAACAGAACUUAGCCACCAUCAAAAAAUUCAUACUGAAGAGAAACCUUUUGAAUGCAAAGGUUGUGGGAAGGCCUUCCGCUGGAAUUCACAACUCAUUCUACAUGAGGGAAUCCAUAGUGGAGAGAAACCUUUUGAAUGUGAAGAAUGUGGAAAGGCCUUUCGUCUGAGGUCACAGCUUACGUUACACCAGCGAAUCCACACUGGAGAGAAACCUUUUGAAUGCAACAAAUGUGGGAAAGCAUACAGGCUGAGCUCACAACUUACUCUACACCAGAGAAUUCAUACAGGAGAGAAACCUUAUAAAUGUAAAGUAUGUGGGAAGGCAUUUCACCUGAGUGGACGGCUUACAGUACACCAGAGAAUUCAUACUGGAGAGAAACCUUAUGGGUGUAAUGAAUGUGGAAAGGCCUUCCUCAUGAGGUCACAGCUUAUUGCACACCAGAGAAUUCACACUGGAGAGAAACCUUAUGAGUGCAACGAAUGUGGGAAAGUCUUUCGCCUGAGUGGACAACUUACUGUACACCAAAGAAUUCAUACUGGAGAGAAACCUUGUGAAUGUAAAGAAUGUGGGAAGUCCUUCCGUCUUCAGUCACAGCUUACCGUCCACCAGAGAAUCCACACUGGGGAGAAACCUUAUGAAUGUAAUGAAUGUGGGAGAGCCUUCCGCCGGAACUUAGAACUUACUUUACACCAGAUCCUUCAUACUGGAGAAAAACCUUUUAAAUGUGAUGAAUGUGGAAAGGCCUUUGGCCACAGGACAAAACUUACUGUCCAUCAGAGAAUUCACACUGGAGAGAAACGUUAUGAGUGUAAUGAAUGUGGGAAGGCCUUUUACCAGAGUGGACAGCUUAUUUUACACCAGAGAAUUCAUACUGGAGAGAAACCUUGUGAAUGUAAAGAAUGUGGGAAGGCCUUCCGGCUGCAGUCACAGCUUACCGUCCACCAGAGAAUCCACACUGGGGAGAAACCUUUUGAAUGUAACGAGUGUGGGAAGUGCUUUCAGUGGAGGUCUCUAAUUAUAGUGCAUCAGAGAAUUCAUACUGGAGAGAAGCCUUUUGAAUGUAAUGAAUGUGGAAAAGCCUUCCGCCUCCAGUCACAGCUUACUUCACACCAGAGAAUUCAUACCGGAGAAAAACCGUAUGAGUGUAAUGAAUGUGGAAAGGACUUUCAGUGGAGGUCUCUGCUCGCAGUCCAUCAGAGAAUUCAUACAGGAGAGAAACCUUUUAAAUGUAAUGAAUGUGGGAAAGCCUUCCGCCUCAGUGGUCAGCUUACUUCACACCAGAAAGUUCAUACAGGAAAGGAUCCUUAUGAAUGUAAUGAAUGUGGAAAGACCUUUUGCAGGAGAUCUCAUCUCAUUGGACAUAAGAGAUAUCAUAGUAGAGAAAAACUUUAUGAAAAUGAUGGAUGGGAAAGGCCCUUUGAUGUAGUAUAGGACUUAACUGAUCAGAGAAUUCAUAUUGGAAAGAAAACUUUUGGAUAUAAUUAAUGUGGAAAGACUAUUUUGUAUGAGCUUCUUAGCUUUGUGUCACUAUCAGGUAAUUCAUACAAGAAAGGAUUGUAAUGAGUGUGAGAAGUCCUUCUACUGGAGAGCCCAUAUUGUUGUAUAUCAAAGAAUCUAUAAUGAAGAAACCAUAAAAAUGAAUGUGAGGAAGACUUAGAACACAAACUUUUCUCACCAAUAAAUGAUACAUAGAAAUAAAUGUGGGAAGACUUUCCACCUAAAAAGAUAGCUUGCUGGCUAUCCGAGAACUAUAUUUCAUCAAAAACUUAGAAGAGUAAUAUGCAUACACCUUUUUUUGAACAUGAUGUUUACUGGACAUCAGAGAAUUCAUUCUGGAGAUAAACUUUACAGAUGGGAUAAAUGUGGGAUUGUGCCUUCCUUUGGAACACAUAGUUUAAUCAUCAAAGAAAAGAAAUUGGUAAUAAUGAAGGGGAAAAUAUCUUUCAGUAUAUCCACCCUACUCAGGCUUUUCAUACAUAUGAAAAAAACCACAUGAAUAAUGAAUAUAAAACAUCCUUCAGCCAGUAUAUCAGUUUAAAACGUGAGCAGUCCUAUAAUCUGUCAGCUUCCAGGAAUGAGAAGGCAAUAGUCCUUUUACAUUGUGCCCUGAUAGGACGAGAUGUGGGGUAUUGGCUCCUGCUUGGGGCAUAACAAUUUAAGAAGGGUGGUGAAAAAUAUUUGAAAUACAGCAAUCUGAUCCUAAGCCAAUACUUGAAUGAGACGCAUAAAAAGGUGAGAGUGGUUAACAUGGAGAAGAGAAGAUUUGUAGCAUGUUAGCUCUAUAGAAGAGAGAUUGCAUUUGUUCUAUUUAACUCCAGAGGGACA